CCCUUCCCCAACCUUUGUACCUUGCUCUUGAAUUGUUUUCCCCCUGGGCCCGCAGCCCCAGCUCACUUUCACUCAGCGCUCUCCUCGAAAGCGCCCCGCCAUGUGCACCGGGAAGUGCUCCCGCUUCUUGGGGCUCACCCUCAUCCCCAUGUCCCUGCUCUGCAUCCUGGCCAACAUCCUCCUGCUGGUGCCAGGCGGCAAGACCUCCUGGACUGACCACCUCAGCCUGCAAGUGUGGCUCAUGGGGGGCUUCAUCGGCGGGGGCCUGAUGGUGCUGUGUCCCGGCAUCGCCGCCGUCCGCGCAGGGGGCAAGGGCUGCUGCGGUGCGGGCUGCUGCGGAAACCGCUGCAGGAUGCUGCGCUCCGUCUUCUCCUCGGCCUUCGGGAUACUGGGCGCCAUCUACUGCCUCUCGGUGUCAGCAGCCGGGCUCCGAAUUGGACCCAAAUGCUUAAUGGACGGCAAGUGGGACUACCACUUCAAGGACACCGCUGGCUCCUACUUGAGCAACCAUACGCUGUGGGAGGCGUGCGACGCGCCGCCCCGCGUGGUGCCCUGGAACGUGAGGCUCUUCUCGCUGCUGGUGUGCCUCUCGGGCCUGGAGAUCGUGGUGUGCGGGGUGCAGCUGGUGAACGCCAGCCUGGGCGUCCUCUGCGGCGACUGCAGGAAGAAGGAGGGCGCCGCUAGCUGAAGCCCCGCCCGCUGGCCCGCGCGCGCCCGGACCCUGCUGGCCCAGACCGCCCGGGAAUAAACUUCUGAGCUCUCGUG